CUACUUUUUCUUUCCUCUCUAUACGUGUUUUUCCUUCUUCUAGUUCAUUCCAGAGCAGAGCAGCUUUGGCUUUCUGGGAGCUUUGCUGUGCUUUUAUUCCCCUGGUAGCUGGACUGCUGCCAGUGUCUUGCAGGGCCAAAGUUUUAUCUCUAGGGAUCUAUUUUUCAAAGCAGCCCAGCUGCAGGCAGACUGCCUGCAAUCGAAUCCACACUCCUGGGGCAAGUCUCACUGGAGAGAGGAACGGCAGCAGGGUGCUGUUUGUGCCUCUCCUCCAGCUAUUCCUGUCAAGAUGGAUUUAUGACUUUAAAAGGAGUGAGGGGGGGGGGGGAGGAAGGAAAAUUGCCUACAGAAGCCAGAGCUUCCACCACAGCCCAGCAAAACACAUCAGCACUUGGAUCUCAAGGCAUGAGCAGCGUAGAAGUGACACCCUGAGAGCUGGAGGAUCCUUGUGUGUAAUAUGACUGAUCUCAAGCCUUUCAUCUGCCUUCACAGAGCCCAGCUUUUGGAUUUAAGGUAGUUUGCCCAGGACCAGGCUUUGCAAUGUUGGCCAAGACAGUGCUUUCUCUUGGUCUGUGGCUGCAGUUUGCUGUGGGACAGAACACACCUGAGAGAGGUCCCCAGCCAUCCGUUGCCAAUUCAGAGGGUGACCUCCUCUUCUUGCUGGACAGCUCUGGCAGCGUCUCCUACUAUGAGUUCUCCAAGGUCAAAGAAUUCAUGUGGGACCUCGUGCAACCUUUCACCUUUGGCCCUAAAGGUGUCCAGGCCAGCAUCAUCCACAUCAGCACGGUGCCCACCAUGGAGUUCCCCUUCGACCGGCACCCGUCCGGGGCGGCGCUGCGGCAGGCCAUCCGCGACACCCGGCAGCUGAUGGGCGACACCAACACGGGCUCAGCCCUCUCCUAUGCCAGGGACAAGCUCUUCAGUAACCAAGCUGGUGCCAGGCCAGAUGUGCCCAAGGUACUGGUUUGGGUGACAGAUGGUUUCUCCUCUGAUGACAUCUCUGAACCCAUGCAGCUCCUGAAAGACAUGGGAGUGACGGUCUUCAUUGUCAGCACCGGCCGCGGCAACUACCUGCAGCUGUCUGCUGCUGCCAGCCCGCCUCCCGACAAGCACCUGCACUUUGUGGAUGUUGAUGACCUGCCCAUCAUCACCAAGGAGCUUCGAGAUGCCAUCCUAGAUGUUAUCCAAGCAAACCAGCUCCAUGCAGUAGACAUCACCUCAAGCAGUUUCCAUCUGACGUGGCCCAAACUCCUCUCCCAAGAAACUGGCUACUACACCCUGGAGUAUGCCCCAACAGAUGAUCUAGCAAGGAAGAGGACAAUGCAAGUGUCUGGAGCUCACACUAGCCUCAUGCUAAGCAACCUUGCACCAGAAACUACUUAUGAGGUGGCACUCAUUCCUGAAUCCAAUGUCCACUACUUCGCUCCCCAGACAACAAGGGUUACUACACUGGCAGAGGAAAUAAGCCCAACUCAGGUUCUAAUCUCAGAGUCUGCACCACGCAGCUUCCAUGUUAGUUGGGCUCCUACACUGGACAGUGUGAUUGGCUACCAGAUCCUGUAUGGACCACUCCCUGGGAACUCAGUGAAGCUGCUGGAGGUGGAUGGCAAGCACAACAGCACUGUGGUGGAGAAUCUGGCACCCAACACAACCUACCUAGUGACCGUGACUGCCAUCUACAGAUCAGGGAAGGAGAAAUCCCUGUCAGCUAAAGCAUGCACUCUGGAAGAGGGCUCCAAAGUGAGGCACCUUCGCUUUGAAGACAUGGGUCCCAACACCCUGAAAGCCUCCUGGGAUGCUGCGGAUGGGAAGGUCCUUGGCUACAGGGUCAGAUGCAGGAGGCAAACUGGCCCUUCCUCUGUCCUGAGCGUCUCACCACAGAUCCACAGCGUGCUGCUCACAGACCUGCCCUCGGGCUCCACCAACAAAGUGUGUGUGAAGCCCCUGUACAAGAAGCAGCCAGGCAAAGGGCUGUGCCGCAUGGUGCACAUGCAGCCAGCUACAGAGGCUCGAGGAUAUAAGCACAGACAGAGCAUGACAGACUCUGGAAUGAACUGAUUCCCAGCAGAGCAAGGAGUCUUGCUUGGACAAAGACUUGGACAAAAAGGAGGGGUCAGGGGAGGAAACUGGAAAGCUCAAAGAUCAUCUCCUAGCCUGUAGCCUCUGUUGGGCUCUCCUGGUUGUCAAGCUCAAACACUCUUCUCAGCUAAGUCCUCCCAAAGUUUAGAAGUUUGGCUUGGCUGGAUGGAACAACCAGUCCAACAAAUAGAUCCCAAAUCUGUGCCCUCUUUUAUACAAUUACUCCUGACAAAUACCAAACAAAAGGCCAAGUGAUGAUUCCUCACUAUUGCUUGCUCACUGCCUGGUCUCUAUUUAUUAAAUGUUGAUACAGUUCUA